AUGAAAAUAACAGUCACUGGUUUGCCUGCUACACAAUUUCGGAAAAUGCUCAUAUACGCCACAUUGUUAAAUACGCGACGACUUUACCAUCUCCAGCAACGACUUGUAGAGACGAAAGACAGAGCUGUGCCGCCAUUACAACCACAAAUAACUGUGGCAAUAUGUUUCAACAAUGCGCAAGAACUUGCGGUUAUUGUUCGUAAUCUGUACAAUUAUACAUCUAUAUUUACACUACAUUGCCACUGA